CGUUGAUAUUGUUCUUGAUUUGUAUACUCCUACGUCGUCGGGUAUUCUUCUAUCUCUUUUCCACUGCCGCAUCUACAAACAUAAAUCGGCUUAAGUCGAAUUAAGGAGGACCUUUUCUCUGCCGAAGAGACAAUGACGCACUCCCAGCCCCCAGCAACAGAUAACCUCGGUUAUUCCAAGACUCGCUAGGUAGCUGAGAAUCUCCUUACGCAGGCACCUCAUGUGUAUUCCCCGUGACUAUAGCUCGCGCGCCAGACCGUCACCUCUCCCUCAAUCCAGAACUCUUCGCAGGGUCUCCAUAUUGAUGAGUUUACGCUAGGAAUGGUGAUAAGCAUGAUCGAGAAAGCUGUCGUGCCGCCGCUGGGCUUUUCCUCUCAACCGCCAUUCUCUAUAGACUUUGUGCCUGUUACAUACCUGGCCUCGGCUCUCGUGGCGUUAAACACUCUACAACAAGAAGACUCCCCCAUCAAAGAACACGAGGUGUACCACAUCGGUAAUGUGGCGCUGCUGUCUCUAAAAGACAUGCCUGAUCUGAUCAAAGAGAUCUGGCCGGAUGUCGAAGAAUUUGUUAGUGUCCCUUGACGACUGGCUGGCUGAGAUAGAGAAGGGUGAACAUGAAGGAGGUAUUAUCCAUCUUAUUGUUUCGAAGGAGUAUUUUCCGCGUGGCCAC